CACUCACACUCACACCCAUUCACCCCCAGAAUCCGCACUUCCAAACGGCCCAUACACCACCAGCAUGAGACAUUGAACCCGAAAUCCUCUCGACAGAGACCUCCAGCCUGUCGAUAAUCCCUUUCCGCAUGAACUGAACAACCCACCCCUGCCACUUUACACCUCUCCUGCAUUACCUACACGACCGACUGCACACAUUCACAGACAACGACGAGAACACAAUGGCCCAACCACCCCCGCGCCACGCCACAAUGCUCUCCUUGAGUAAUAGCAACAGCAACAGCAACAGCCACUCCAACCUGUCCUCCACAACGACCAUCAGCACCCCGCAGACCCAAACACACCUGCCGACGCCCUCGCAAUCCAGCACGGGCUUGCGCGUGCCCUCCAACCGCAAAACCAUCUACGACCGCCACCUCAACCGCAGCCGGAAUGCGGAACUCAGCCGGGCCAGCUUCGCCUUCCUGUUCGGCGAGAUGGUCACCUACGCGCAGCGCCGGGUCACGGGGAUUCAGGAUCUGGAGCGACGACUCAACGAACAAGGCUACCCGCUCGGCCUCCGGCUGCUGGACCUCCUUUUCUACCGCACGGUGACGGGGUCGAGCUCGUCGUCCGCGCUGUCGAGCAGCUCCUCGACCUCGGCCUCGCCGCCCAACCGGCCCCUCCGCAUCUUACCGCUGCUGCACCUCAUCCACGGCCCCCUGUGGCGGCUGCUGUUCACCCGCCCCGCCGACGCCCUCGAGCACUCCGUCUCCCCCGACACCCCCAACGAGUACAUGAUCACCGACAACGACCCGCUGGUCAACACCUACAUCAGCGUGCCCAAGGAGAUGAGUAUGCUCAACUGCGCCGCCUUCGUCGCCGGCAUCAUCGAGGGCGUCUGCGACGGCUGCGGCUUCGAGGCCAAGGUCACCGCCCACAACCAGCCCACCGAGAUGUGGCCCAGUCGCACGAUAUUCCUGCUGCGCUUCGGGGAGAGCGUCAUGGAGCGGGAGAAGGUUCUGGAGAGGGCCGGCGUGAAAUAGUUUCGUUGCUCUGCAGGGGGGCAGUUGGUGGGGCCCAUCGAUGAUGGCUUACGGCUUGUUGGGAUGCGGAUUUAGUGGUGGUGGUGGUGGUUGUGCUGGGCAUUGCGGGUCAGGUCUACGCUCUGGUAUUGCUGGCUGGGCUGCGUGAUACGCUAGAAGCGGAUUUUGGUCUAGAUGUGGCCGUCAGCGUUGCGGCGUGAUGCUCUUUAGGCGAGGUCAAUGACGAGGUGCACCGAGUGUACAUUCAACCAAAUGUCUUCCACCUGGUUGUGCACCUGUCGGGUAUGAUACAUGCCGCCUCAGGUCUGAGGAAUCUUAUAUAAUACAAGAGGGGAAAGAA